AUGAGGAGUAAAUAUCCUCAUCUUUUUGAGCGUUCAGGUUUAGGUAAACACAACCAUUUUCUUGCUUUAUCUCAUCCCUUUACCGCUAAAACAGAGGUUGGGGUUUUCUGUAAGGAAAUUGUCAGGUUGUAUGGUUUACCUCGCUCCAUUCUUUCAGAUCGUGAUGUUGUCUUCACAAGUGCAUUUUUGCAGGAACUUUUUUGCCUUAGUCGCACUCGUCUUUCAGCUCGUAGGACGAGAUCAAAUGUUAGAGAUACUGCAUUCCAUUCGAUGAAGGCUCAAUCUAGCUUGAAGACUCAAGCUGAUUCCAAGCGGAGCAACUUAUCUUUUAAUGUGGGUGAUGCUGUUUUCCUUCAUUUGCGUCCUUAUCUGCAAAAGAGUUCAGUCAAACGUCUUAAUGAGAACCUUUCACCUCGAUAUUUUGGAACAUACAAAAUUGUUCGCAGAGUUGGUCCUGUUUCUUAUGAAUUGCAGCUGCCUCAAACAUCUAAGAUACAUCCUAUUUUUCAUGUCUAG